AUAAGCGGGAUCCUUUUAUUGAAUUCAUAAAGGGAAUGCUCAUGACUCCAUUCGUUCUACAUGCAAAGCCAAUUCCGCAAACCGAUGAUCCAACUGAAAAAGACGAAGAAUAUCAUAUGGAUGCAAAUGUUGCUAGGUAUUGUGAUAUUCUAUCUAGUAUUGAAGAAUUGAUAAAUGAACAUAUUCGAAAACAAGCUAAAGGUGUCCCUGAUCAAUCAAGACUUAAAAGACUUGUUCCAUCUAUAUCAACUUUUCAUACUCAAUUACCGCUACGCGAGUCAUUUUUAUCAGCUAAUGCUAAACAUUCUAUUGCCGCACGUAGAUUUGUACCUCCAAGUUUCAACGACAUUCGAAGGAUUUUAAACACAGCUCAGGUAUUUAAUUAA